AUGGUUUUAUACACUUCCCCAUUUCCCAACAGCUUUCUGUCAGUUCUGCAUUCCUUUUCCUGGGGCCUCAUUUUCCCAUGUUACUGGUUAGCAGAUAGGCUUGUGGCCUCUUUUGUCCCAACCACCUAUGAAAAACGUCAAAGAGCAGAUGAUCCAUGCUAUUUUCAUGCGCUCUGCAUCAUUAUUACCACUCCCAUCUACUUGGCACUGCUGGUAGCCUCUCUUCCUUUUGCUCUGAUCGGCUUCUUGUUAUGGUCCCCGCUCCAGUCAGCCAGAAGGCCGUAUAUCUACUCCAGACUAGAAGACAAGAACCACGCCAAUGGAGCCACGCUGCUCACUGAAUGGAAGGCUGCAGGGAAUGGGAAAAGCUUCUGCUUUGGCAGUGCCAAUGUUUGCCUGCUGCCAGAUUCUCUGGCAAGAUUUAAUAAUGUUUUCAAUACACAGGCUAGGGCUAAAGAGAUUGGCCGGAGGAUCCGAAAUGGGGCAAGCAGACCACAGAUCAAAAUAUACAUAGAUUCUCCUACCAACACAUCCAUCAGUGCAGCAAGUUUUAGCAGCCUGGUCUCCCCCCAGGGUGGAGACAACACUAAUCGUACUGUUAAUGCUGGCAUCAAAAGGACAACGUCAAUGGAGUAUAAAGGAGACAAUUCUGGCUCAAACAACAGCGAGGAGUGUAGAGAAGAUAAAGGUGUGGCUGGAGAGCCAAAUGAGGGAGAAGAAAACACUUGCAUUGUCCGCAUAAAUGGAGAGGACAAUGGCCACAUGUCAGACACAGAAACAGAUGCCGUCAAUGGCCAGGCUCAUGCCAGUGGCCCAGCAGAGCCCUCACUGGAAGGUGACGCAGAGAUCUCAAAAACACCUAACCAUAAACAGAAAGAAGGAGAUUCUGGGAGUUUAGACAGCUAUUCUGCUUCACGAGAGUCCUUAGUCAAAGUCCGCGUUGGAGAUGGUACAGUGGACCAAAGCACUGUCAACAACAAGCUCCUCUACAAAGCUUCAAUCAUGAAGAAGACUUCAGUGCGGAAAAAGAAACAUACAGAUGAGACCUUUGAUCAUGAGAUCUCUGCUUUCUUCCCUGCCAACUUGGACUUUCUGUGUUUGCAGGAAGUGUUUGACAAAAGAGCUGCGGAGAAAUUGAAAGAGCAGCUUCAUCACUAUUUUGAAUACAUUGUCUAUGAUGUUGGGGUCUAUAGUUGCCAUGGCUGCUGUAGCUUUAAGUUUGUGAACAGUGGUCUACUUUUUGCCAGCCGCUAUCCUGUUAUGGAUGCUGCCUAUCACUGUUACCCCAAUGGAAGAGGAAUGGACUCCUUGGCUUCCAAGGGAGCCUUGUUUCUCAAGGUGCAAGUGGGAAGUACACCUCAGGACCAAAGAAUUGUGGGAUACAUUUCCUGCACUCACUUGCAAGCUAUUGCAGGAGAUACUACUGUUCGAUGUGAGCAACUGGAUAUGCUUCAAGAUUGGCUGUCUGAAUUCAGAAAAUCUACCUCCUCCUCCAGUACAGCCAAUCCAGAGGAGCUGGUGGCUUUUGAUGUAAUCUGUGGAGAUCUCAACUUCGAUAACUGCUCCUCUGAGGACAAGCUGGAGCAACAGCAUUCUCUGUUUACACACUACAAAGACCCGUGUCGAAUUGGUCCUGGGGAGGAUAAACCAUGGGCAAUCGGUACCUUGUUGGAUCCUGAAGGAUUAUAUGAUGAAGAAGUGUGCACUCCAGAUAACCUACAGAAAGUGCUGGAAAGUGAAGAAGGAAGGAAAGGAUACUUAGUCUAUCCCACCAGCAAGAACCACAGUUCCAGUCAAAAGGGGAGGAAGGCAUCGCUGAAAGGAAACGGGAGGAGGAUUGACUACAUGCUCUACACAGAAGAAGGUCUCUACCUGGAAUGGAAAGUGGAAGUCGAAGAGUUCAGCUUUAUUACCCAGUUGGCAGGCUUGACAGACCACCUACCAGUAGCAAUGCGUCUCAUGGUGUCUACAGGAGAAGAUGACCCUUAAAACUGACCAGCUUUGAGAGAUUAGAAGAGGGAAAUGUUAACGAUAUUAAGAAAAUAUCAGAGGAUAAGAACGAACUAUUCUGGUGCCACGUUAGGAAAGAUGACCAGACCUGACCCGGGCUACUCCCAGAAUGUACCAACAAUGGUGGAUAUACAAAGGGAAGAAACGGAAAGGGUUGUGGCCAAAAGCCACUGUCACGAGUUGCUCAGGCAACAGGGCAGGCCUGUACUACAAUGCUUUCACUGUGGACCGAACGGAACCAAGAUGGAAGUCCUAAUUCCUUCUGAACCAGUGCCAUUCUUACUAAAACAUGUUUUUAUACUAAUAUAUAGCACAAUUUAGUUUGUAAUUAGUCUGUGAGUUAGUGCUGCUCAAUGGUUUUUGCAUCAUUUCUUUGUAUAACUUAAGAAGCUAAAGCUUUUUUUCAUUUUUUAGCCUGUUAAAAGUUGUAGUAGCGUGCUUGCAUCAGUAGCAUGCGCCCGCACUGCAUGCCACUCUGAGAUAAAAUAGUCAGUAAGAUACCAUGGGGAAUAUCAGAAUGGAAGUGAGUUCAAAAAUCAGAUACCAGCCAAAGCAAGGCAUUCUGGGACUGGGAAACCCUUCUGUCAUUACAGAUAGACCUUAAAACAAACAAACAAAAACUAUUCAAUUUGCAGACUAAUAUCUUCCUGUCCGAUUUAAGGAAACUUAAAAGAUUUGGAAUUAAGAC